GACUAAGGAAGGAUGCUGUAACAUCAUUGAGACUGAAGUCAGUUAUUUGGACCAUAUUGAAAGAAGUAGUUAGGUUGCUUUUUGGAUACAAAAAACUGUUUUAGCAUGUAGGGAAACAAACACGCCUAGAAAGAAGCUUGGCCUUGAUGUGUGGCCGGAUAACUAGCUCACGUAGAAACACUACAGAGGCACCUUCUGGACUGUUCCAGAGCUUUGGGGUCAGUGACAGACUAGUUGGAUUCACUGGCUGUGCCCGGUCGGCUGAACACCAGGAUGUGGUCGUGCAUCACAGACUUCUUCACCUACGAGACCACUAAGUCUGUGGUGGUGAAGAGCUGGACCAUCGGAAUCAUCAAUCGAGUCGUGCAGCUCCUCAUCAUCAUCUACUUCAUCGGGUGGGUGUUUGUACACGAGCAGGCAUAUCAGAUCAGGGACACGGCCAUAGAGUCCUCUGUGAUGACAAAAGUCAAAGGAUUUGGGCUGUCUAACAACAGAGUCAUGGACGUAGCAGAAUAUGUCACUCCAUCCCAGGGGGCCUCUGUGUUCUGCAUCAUCACAAAAGUAAUCACCACAGAAAACCAAAUGCAGGGAGAAUGUCCUGAGAGUGAGAAGAAGUUUAUAUGUACGCAUAACGACAACUGCACCAGGUUCCUCAACAAGGCUGGAGGAAAUGGUCUUCCAACGGGCAGGUGUGUUCCUUUCAACAACACUCAUAACACCUGUGAGAUAAAAGGCUGGUGCCCUGCGGAAAUUGAUGACGUGAAGACGUCUCCCAUGAUGGAGGUGGAGAACUUCACAAUCUUCAUCAAGAACAGCAUCCGUUUCCCUCUCUUCAACUUUACAAAGGGCAACUUCCUGCCUACCAUAACUACUCAAUACAUCAACACGUGUAACUUUGACCAGGAGAACAACACCUACUGCCCCAUCUUCAAGGUGGGGGACGUCAUCCGUUAUGCCCAACAGAACUUCACCAAGCUGGCACAAAAGGGAGGGGUGAUAGGAAUUAAAAUUGGCUGGGUGUGCGACCUGGACAAGUCAGAGGACAAGUGUAGCCCCUCCUACUCCUUCACCCGUCUGGAUGCCAUGUCGGAGAAGAACCAGGUCUCCGUCGGGUACAACUUCAGGUACGCCAAGUACUACAAGAUGGACAACGGCACUGACUAUCGUACUCUGAUCAAGGCCACCGCCAUCCGGUUUGACGUGCUGGUCAAUGGAAAUGCAGGGAAGUUUGACAUGAUCCCCACCCUCAUCAACAUGGUGGCUGCCUUCACGUCCGUUGGUGUGGGCACUGUCCUUUGUGACAUAAUACUUUUGAACUUCCUGAAGGGGGCGGAGCAAUACAAGGCUAAGAAGUUUGAGGAGGUAUCCGACACGCAGAUUAAGAGGUCCAUAUCCAGCAACGGGCUGUAUCGGAGUAGAGAGCUGAUUGCGGUCGGGAAUCGGUCAAACGACUCCGGGGCAUUCUCCAUUGGUCAAUAUGGCUAAGAGAGCCAAUCAGAUGGCAUGUUCUAAGGGGAAAUGGCAAUUUUGGAGGUUCGGCUGCAAAUCUAUUAGUAUGGCAAA